CUUGUUUGUGUGUGGAAAAACGACGGGAGGUAUGAGGAAUACUCCGUGGCUAACGAUAGCAAGAUAUACAAACAGGGAUUUAAUUCACUUUGCGUCUUCUUUGACACCCUCUACGCCCACCAAAAGCUGCAGAGGGUCGUAAUUUCUGCUAAAAUCCCGUUUUUCCUCCGUUACUCCCACCGAGUCGAGCAGUGAGAACGAGAGAGCUCCGCUAAUCCCGAGGAGUGGGACGCGGCCUGCUUUUCUAGCCGGCUUCCCGGUGCGACUCAGGCGGCCAGUCCUGUCACCAGAGCCCGGUGCUUUUACUGGCUUAUUUUAAUUUCCACCGAGAAAGGCUUCAUAGCUGUGGAAUUAUUUUUGCUCUCACAAACUUGGCCUUUCUGCCUUCGGAUCCUAUUUUCUAUUGGCGUGCAACUGUUUGCGUUUCCCUCCAAAGAGGAGCUUUUGCAGCCGGGGCGGCCUGUUUUGUUUUCUCCGCGAACAAUAACACAACCAUAACGAGCCUGCUGGUGCAGCACCGCACCGGAGCCUCGCUGUGAAGAGAAAUAAAUGCGUUGUGUUGUAGCAGGUGUGAAAAAGAAAUGCAUCGUGUGAUAGCAACUCCGGACCUGGACAAGCAUGCAUGUGGACUAUGGAUUUAUUAGGAGGAAAUCAUUGCAAACUGGAUCACUUUACGAUGAAAUGCUUUGUGUUGUUAUAACUCAAGAAACCGUAUGGAAAGAAACUGAACCCACGUUUACAUGUAUGAUCUAUCUGUGAAUGUGAACACAGUGGAAACCUCAAAAUCGAAGGCAUCAGUACUUUUUCAAGCUGGGACAUCACAUUGAGGAUGGAUUGGAUGUGACUUGGGAUGAGUAACCUCGAUUGCUCCCUUCGCGGACUCUUCUAUAUGUGGGAUUUACCGAUUUUAUCCAUCUAUGCUUUCCUCAGAGCCACCAGACUCCAUUGACAAAAACGCGGAUUUUACCUCAGGAGUUGCCUCUUUGCCGCUGCCUGCUUCAUUUGUGCUUUUGUGUGACUUUUAACAUAUUAAUACACCUCUAACGGACCGGACCGGACUGGAGACCCGGGACAGGCAGCUGAGAUGAACCCGGUGAAUGCGACCUCUCUUUACGUGUCCGCGAGCCGUUCGGUGCUGCAGUGCGACCCCCGAGACCCCCGGGCUCUCGCGGAACUCUGCAAACUGCUGCCGUUUUUCCGCCAGUCCCUGUCCUGCCUGGUCUGUGGUGAGUGGAUUUUACUGUUUUUGUUUAUUAAGACAGUGUUUCCUGUGUAAAGGGUGGUUUUAGAGAGGUGUUGGGUACCGUGUGUUGUUGUCAGCUGUGCUCUCAGUGGGAGCGAACCUUUAAACAAUGCUGCAUUCAGGAACAGUCGGAAAUAUCAUAAUCGACAAUGAACCAAGUAAACAAAAGUAGUAAAUUAAGAUUGCAUUGUUUUGAUCAAAAGAGGGAAAAUUUGUAACUACAACAUAGUCAGAAAAUAAAGAGUUUAAUAACAGAAUAAUAAGAAUAGCAAAUGGAAACCUGAAGAAUAAAUUAAGCUAAUGUCUGACAAUAUUGAUAUUAUGCACGAUAAGAGUAUCUGCAUACAUUUUUAUAAUAUUGUCCUGAAAAUUUAAUAUAUUGCCCCUUGUAAAGGUUUAAACGUUAGUAGCUUGUCAUUUGGCAUUUUAGUUAAUUUAAACAAUGUUAGUUAUAAGGUAAUGAAACUGUUAUUUCUUGUUAUAUUCGAUUAUUUAGCUGUUAAAUGUACACAAAUGCAAAUAAAUAAGAAGUAAAGCAUUUAAAGGCAAGGGCAUUUUUUCAGGUUUGAGGUAAUUUAAAUUCUGUAAAAUAGAAUGAAUUCUAAAGUGCAUCACCAUACUAAGUAAUAGAGUAAUGAAGUAUUAUCCCUAUCCAUUCUUGAUGUGAACCAUAAAAAUGGCUUAGAAUUAAUAAGUUGUGAUAAUUUGACAACAUUCACCCCAAGAACUGUUAAAUAGCCCCUGUUUUGUAAAAUCAGUUCCCUGACUUUGAAUACUUUUGCUCAUGUAUUCGUGUAAGUAAAAUACUUGGAUGCUUUUCCCUUCAUUAAUAAUCAAAUGUCAUUGUAAGAAAAAACAGAAAGAAAGAAGAAAAUCUGCUCGGACAUUUGAAUUCAAGUCUUGUUUAUGACAUCUGAAUACCCGUUUCCAGAGAGCAGUGAACGCAUCAUAAUUCACAGCGACACCCGUCAUGACACACCCCCCUCUGUGUGGUUUUUGGCAGCAUUGGGACGUUUCUCUGUCAUGUGUAUAAUAACUGUGCAAACGAACAGCGAAAAGGAUGCAUUUCUUCACUCUGCUCAUCCAUAACCCCUCAACAAACAAAAUAAUGCAGGAAUUUAAUUAAAAUUGAACAUUAGUGGUUGUGACUGGCAAAGCAGGCUGUAGUUUAAUCAAAGGGUGCUUUGUGGUUAGUCUGCUUGUACAGGGGUCCUCUGAUUUAUUUAGGUGUUAUGUUCAAUUCACAGUGCUCGAAGGCACCAGCCCUCGCUGCCUUCGUGAGUGAAUAUAUAUUCCCUUGUAAUGGGUUUUCUCCUGAGGAUGAGAGAUUAUUUGUUCUGCUGUGAGUGCAGGAAUAUUGAGAAGAAGAGCAGCUUCAUUAAACUCGCAGAUAUUGAUUGUUCCUCCACCUCCUCUGCAUAAAUAAUAGCUCAAUAUGCAAGCAGAGAAUACAUGCUGUUAAAUAUAGGCUUCCUGCAGUUACCGGGGAUCUAUCACUGAGGCAGUGUGCUAAGUGUGUAGGGUUGGUUGUUUCUCAUGAAUGCACCUUCAUCCCUUUGGUAUCUGCAGCUGCACUGCCUAGCAACUAGCGUUGCUAAGGAAGCCUCUCUGAAAGGGUAGUUGUCAUUCAGUCAGGAACAUUGCCAGAUGCCACUCAGUUGACAAAUAUCAGAGUAGGAAGCUGGUGAAACUCUGAAAAUGAGGAAGCAAUAAUUCGUCAAUCCUUCUCACGCUGAGUUUUAUAGCAGGCCCACAUUGUGUCAGGUAAUGGCUGUGAAACUUGUGUGACAUAUUUGACUUCAUUCACUCUUCUUAUCUGCAGGUAACCUGCUGCAGGACCCCAUCGCUCCCACAGACUCAUCAUGUCAGCACUACGUCUGUCGAGGCUGUAAAGGUCAGAGGAUGCAGCUGAAGCCGUCCUGUAGUUGGUGUAAGGACUAUUCCCGCUUUGAGGAGAACAGGCAGCUCUCUCUGCUCGUUCACUGUUAUAGGAAGCUCUGUCUCUACAUCACACAGUCGCCGCUCGCCCCGCACAUAGCCAGCGCUGCAAGUGACUCGCCAGACCUCCAGGCCAUCCUCAAUGAGGGUCUGACGUUGGCUGAGAGCGAGCCGGAGGUGGAGGACAUUUCAGACUCUGCAGGCCUGUCACAAACAGCCUCCACCUCUGAGUUUGUACUGCCUGAUGAAGCUCUGGCCAGUAAGGAGAUCAAGAGGGAGGAUCCCAGCUCCGUCAGUGUGAAUGGACUGCAUGACUGUAAUGGCCUGGUCAGUUCAGACUCUCUGCAGCCCAUCACCAUAGAAACAGGUGGAGGUGUUGCAAAGCAGGAGAGCUUUUCGGAGGAGAUGCCGGUGUGUGUGAGCGUCACCGGGGCUGGGGAGGCGGGACUUUGUGACAUCAGCAGUUUUGGGGAUGACCUGAAACAUGGCGGGGGGCCGUUAUUGUUGAGUGUUGAGGAGGUACUCAGGACUCUAGAGACGGACGCCGACCCUGACCCCGCCCCUGAGCCCAACCAGCCGGACUGCCCCCUCUCUGUACCUCAGUCAAGCCUCAACGGGCCUCACUGCCCGUCAGGCCCUGACUCCUCUCGCCUAAUCCCCUCUCUUCCCCCAGAGAACAGCCCCCGCCCCCUCCACCCUCACCUGCAGCCCUCUAUGCAGCCUCCCCCUCAGCCCUCCACUGUCAUCCCUCACGUCCCCCCUCGUUACCACCGCAAACGUUCCCGCUCAGAAAGCGACAGCGAGAAGGUACAGCCCCUCCCCAUCUCAACUCUCCUACGAGGGCCCCCCCUUGGUGCCAACAGCUCCCCCCAUCACCCGAACCCUGGUGCCACCACCAAACAGGAGCCCAAGUUCCCUGCAGCCACGUCUCACCCCCACCUGGCCCCCGUGCCAAACGGUGGACCCCCAAAGGUGGGCAAGACUGUGCUGGUCUCCAACAAGGCCCUGAAAAAGACUGUUGAACAUCACGGGGGUCCAAAGAAGGCCUAUACUAAAGCCAGACAGGGGGCCCCAAAGCCCCGAGCACAACCCCGCGACAGAGUCCCCCCUCACCCCCACACUCACCCGCUGACUCACCCACCGAGCCCCUCGAAGCCACUGUACAAGAAGCCUGUGGAGAAGAAGGGCUGCAAGUGCGGCAGAGCCACACAGAACCCCUCAGUGUUGACCUGCAGGGGGCAGCGCUGUCCCUGCUACUCCAACCGCAAGGUGAGACCAACACAGAGAGACCAACACCACACACUCACACACACACUUUUGUUGUUUGAAUUAUUGGUAUUGGAGGAUAUAUUGAUCCAAAUGACUUCAUCUUAUACUGCAGGAUGAGCGAGAUUUCCACUCUCAGCCUUGUCACACUGAACUGAAUUCUUGUUUGUUUACAUUGACCGUAGUUGGUGUCAUUCAAAGUUUAUGCGUGUGGCUGACACUCUGUUGACACAGUCAUAAAAGGCCGCCAGUUUUAAGGAAGUUAAGACUUCUACACAAGAAUUUCUCAAUCUUCAAACCACAGCAGCGCUCUUUCAUUUUAUUUUAUUUUUGGAAACCUCCCUCACACAUACGACACCCGUGUGAACUCAACAUUUAUUCCUAAAAAAAAACCCAGUAUGCAUAACCAGGACUAGAAUUUAACGAUUAAAAUGAAAUAAUACAAUAAUACUGCAUUAGUAAAACUGCUGCUGAAUGGAGGAGCACAGAUCUGGUGUCAGAAUAAAACCUGUUCUGUGUUUAGAGCUGCUCUACAUCACUUUGCAGCCUCAUGGUUAGAUAUUUAGAGAAACAGUCGGAGAAAAGACACACACAUUUUUUUCCCCCAUUUUUUGUGUUGCAGUAUUUAGUAGCAUGGUUGAAAUGUCAUCGAAUUAGUCUGAUUGUUUUCUCUGUCUUCAUGUCUGUCGGUGGAUUUUGUGGUUUUAGCGGUGAUUAGAAGCUGGAAUUGUUGCGUUUUCAAUUUUCAGCCUUUUCCCAGCAUAAUAAUCUCAAUUUGAUAUUAUUUGAUUAUUAUUUGAUAUUAUUUUUGACUUGUUUCAAAAUUGUGUUUUCUUUUUUUUAAACUCAGUUAAACCGUCCAUGCUGUUAUUCACCUUUUAAGAUGUUCCAACAUCACUGGUUUUGGUCAGAUUCGCUGCUCCUGGUGUGUUUUGUCUUAAUCAGCGUUGUCAGCUCUAAUCUGGUGGUAAAUCUGUUUAAAAUUUCUGUUCUGGGAAAUUCUUUUUUGGCACGCUGUUUUGGUUGUUUGGUAAAUAUUCCUCCAAUCCUGCUGUAAUUAAUAACGUUUGUUUUUCUCAGGCUUGUCUGGACUGUAUCUGCCGCGGCUGUCAGAACUCUUAUAUGGCCAAUGGAGAGAAAAAGUUGGAGGCCUUCGCCGUGCCGGAGAAAGCCCUGGAACAAACUCGCCUCACGCUCGGUAUCAAUCUCACCAGUAUCACCGCGGCGGCCCUGCGAAGCCCGGCCACGAGCUCUCCAGGCAACACCCUUCUUAAUGUCACCACUGCGACAGGAGCCCCCGUUACGGCCGCCUUCCUGUCAGGGACGGGGCACGACAACCGGGGCUUUGAGGAAUCACUGGAGAUGCGGUUUGACUGCUGAGGUCGGUCGUCACGCACAUUCCCCCGCCCCUGCCAACCGGGCGUUAUCCAUCAGGGCGUGCCAGGGACCUGCAGGGGGACGGAGCCAGAACUAAGGCAGCUACAGUGACAGGCGAUAGCGAGGGUCACCAGCCGAAGCUGAAGGGUCGCCCUCCAUUUUAUCGCCCGAAACUGCACCAUGCUUGUGGUCUUGCUUUGAGAUGCAGCGUGGAAGAGGAAGGAGGAAGAGGAGGAGGAGAUGUAGCGUUACUGUAUGUGCAGAGAUUUCAUUUCAGUGCAGAUAGAGCUUCAGUUUUUUGUUUUCUUCUCUACUAUGGGUAAUGUGUAGAGCAUGUCGUGUAGCCUCAGUGUGUGUAUGUGUGCGUGCAUGUGAGUGUGUAUGUUUGAGGGGAGGAGCUUGCGACGGAGACAUCAUCAUCAUCAUCAUCUUCAUCAACAGAGACUGGUGUAAUUUAUAUAAGAGAAAGAACUUUUUGUACGCGGACUUACCAGUUUCCUUUAAAGAAGACGUUUUAUGAGAUAUUUUAUAAGUUACACGUCAAAAACCAACAGAAGCCGAGCAGGGGCAGACCUGCACUCAACCAGAAUAUUUUCACACAGCUGGAAGGGAGAUUGUAUUUUGACUACUAGAAAUAAUGACUUUGAAAACAGCUCGACCUAAAACAAUAACUUCUGCGGGUUAUUCACCUCAACAAAAACUCACGUUUUGAUAUCAGUCGCUGCAGGAACAGGGAUGUGAAUUAAAACCACCAGCCAAAUGUAUGUUCAGAUCUGUCUGUUGAAUGUUUAUACACCCUAACAUUAUUCUAGAUGUUAUUGUGAAGCUAAAGCAAAGACAUGACACUUGUAAAAUCUUUCAAACAGCUGAUAAAAGAUGAACCUUCUCUCUCUCUCUCCCUGGUUUGCUCACUGACCAGGAAAAUCAUUGUGUGUUCUCGUAUUCAGCACUGUUCCCACCUCUUCUUCACUCUCUGCUUAAACCACGUUUCUGAUCUGUUCUCGCUCGUGUUAAAAACUCUGGUUGACUGCAGGCCCCGCACGUCGUCACCACAAACGUUUUGGUUUCUGGAAGCUACACACAUGCUGCUAAAACACCACAAAGGACUCAAGAAGGAGAGCACACCUGUUUUCCUCGUCUUUUUCGUUCUGCUUGUUUUUAAGAAUAAUUCGUGUUAACAACAUUUGCAGUAUUUAUUGGACGUCUCCUAACAUAGGUUUCGUGUUGGGCGUCAGUUCAGCCCUUUCUCUCGCUCUCUCUCUCUCUUUCUCUCUCUCUCUCUCUGCCUGUCAAGUCUGUUGAUUCCAGUCUGGACUUUUCUCUGUCUCGGUUCAGUUGCUGUCUACUUCUUAGUGUUAGUUUCUGGUGUCUCCAAACAGUUUUUGUUCUCCCUCGGGGCAUUUAAAUACCUGUAAUAUAACUGUAACAUAUUUCCACAAAAAGAAAGAAAAUCAAAAUCUUAACAA